UGCCUGCACAAGCUUGUGCCUUGCCCAUGGCUGCUGUGUUCCCGGCUGUGAAGCGCUGGCUCCGUUGAGGUCGGAUGCACUCGUUCCGAGCGCUGUUGGCCGUGCCGUUCACCCGGUCCUUUGCCAAGUCGGCGGGCAAGGGGGGCAAGGGAGGCAAGGGAGGCAAGGGGGGCAAGGGCAAAGGUGCCACAGGCGGCAAAGGCGGCAAAGGCGGCAAAGGCGGCAAAGGCGACCGCUUCGAGGAGGAGGAGGACAGCCAUUUCUGGGCCCUUUCGACCACUUCGAAUGGGAAGAGGAGUGACCUGGAAUCAGAGGCCGCUUUGGCCAGAAAGGCUUUGAAGUGGCACCGGAAGGAGACUCAGUUCUCCGGUGAGGUGGACGACUCGUCCCUGAAACCCGGGACUUCCAGUUCCGAGGGUCGGUGGUGGGACACUUGGGAGGAGGACUGGGACGAGGGCUGGGACUGGGAUCCCAAGUGGGAAGAUCGAGUGGAUGCGCUGGGGAAGGAUGAUCCCCGGCGCCCGCGGGGGCCACAUUGCCAGGUUGAAGGUGCAUAUCAGCCAGUGGCCACUUUGAACCACUCCCGGCUGGUGGACGCCAUCGUUGCGGCUCGAAGCGCCAAGGUGGACGAGCUGCACUGGCAAGCGCUCUGCCGCCGCGCGGAGCUGGUGGCGGUCUCCAUGACUCCCGCGGAGCUGCUGGCAAUGGCGCGCUGCGUGGCCGAGAGACAAUCCGGUCAGCUGCGGUUGCUUUGGAAGAUCGCCACCUUCGUGGUGGAGCGCUUGUCCUCCUUCACCACUCUGGAUUUGGUGUGCUUCGCACACGUCUACUCCUCACUGGACGAGGUGCAUUACGGCAUGCUGAACGUGAUGGCCCUGAUCCUCACGAGCCCGGAGGACGAGCGCACCAUGAACGCGGCCGAGGCGUGUGACGUGCUCAGCUCCUUCGCGCGGGCAAAGUACCCGCUGCCGCUGCUGCUGCGAGAAGCGGAGCGCAUCCUGAUGGCCGAGGAGGUCUCUGCGGCGCACGCCUUGUCGGCGCUGCGGAGCUUCAGCGCGCUGCGCGCUCUCAGCGCGGGGCUCUGCGGGCGCCUGGCGCCCGCGGCGCUGGGCGUGGCGGAUCUGCGGCAGAGCUGCGAAGCAGCGGCCUGGGCGUGGGAGGAGCAGACCUGCCUACGUGGUGUUAAAGCAAUAGGCGAAGGCUGGUCGGGCAACAUGGUGACGCAGGUCGUCCUGGAAAAGCUGAAAGAGGCCUUGAAGCAGUGCAGAUUGCAGCAGUUGCAGCUUGUGUCUUCGGGUGCUCCGCUUUGCGUGGUGCCCACUCUUGCCGGAAGAGCGCAGGUCCCGGGCAACGCGGUGCUGGCGGCCGCCUGCCUCCUCGCGACGGACGACUCCGAGAGCCGGCAGAAGGCCGGGGAGCUGCUGCGGGCGGUGGCGUCCAGCAGCGCCAAGCUGACGCUUUGGCCGCCAGAGCAGCGGGUGCGCUGGCUGAGUGUGGCCGCCGCGGUGGAUGCAUCCGAUGAGGCUGUGGCGCUGAUCCUGGAGAAUCUCGCCAGCAUCCCCAAGCAGCUGGCGCUGUGCUCGCCUGUCCUGGCGGAGCUGCUGCCCCGGGUAGCCGCCAACGGGCUGCACGCCGAGGCCGAGGCGGCAGGCCGGGCCUUGUGCGACGCCUUGGUGCCGGAGCUCUACCGCCUGCGUCUGCCGGAGUCCCAGCGCCUGCUUGCGGGCUGCCUCGAGCUGCGGGCGGUGCUGGGCCAAAACGGGGACGCGCUGGAGGCGAGCUAUGGCCCUUCCUGCGAGGCCCUCCUGAAGGCCGUGGUGGAGGCGCUCCCCACGAAGCUUCGGUCCGAGGCCAUCUUUCGCAGGAGUCGGCCCAGCGCCUCGGAGCUGGCGGCGUGGUGCGGCGUCCUGGCGCGCCAGGAGGUGCCAGAGGCGACCUGGCAGCUACUGGCCAAAGAGUGCGCGGAGGCGCUGAGCGCGGUAGGUUUGGGGCUCCACGAGGGCGAGGGCGAGGAGAUGGUCGGCUCUGGGGCCGCGGUGGCGGCGGACAUGAUGGACGCCUUUCUAGUGGCCAAAGAGAGAAACGGCUGGAGCCUGCAGGAGAGCCCGGUGGGCGUGGUGGUGGAUGCGGUGCAAGCUGAGUGGCGCCGCGCCAUUGCCCAGGACGGCGAGCUCGAGGACCCACACCACGAGGUUGCGCCCAUCCCUUUCAGCGACGCGGAGAGUCUUCGCGCCGUCUUCCGGAGAGGCGACCUGCCGGAGCUACCGCAAGAGGUGCGCCUUUGAAUAGCCCAGGCCACCCAGUGGGUUGCGAGCGCUUGUCUGGAAAUUGAAGAUUUGUUUUUAUUUCCCUCCUGUUGGC